GAGCCCGAGGUGGAGCGAUAGGUUUUAAAUAGGUGUGCAAAAGGCAAGCGUAACGAGGUGUACCGAGGUUGCGGAUAGGGGAUCCAUAGGAGAAUACAUCUCUCCUUGGGAAAAUUAAAUUUGGAAUCGACCGGUUUGGGCACGUUCCAACGCAAGACAACUCGCUAGGUUCUCGCUCCCGCGGUACUUUGCCUCUACGUUUCGACCGAUCCUUCCUUUCUCCGUGCCUAUCGUUCGUUCCUCCGACAUUCGAAAGAUAGAAUCUUUUGGAAAACGAAUUAUCAACGUCCGCAACUUGGAGAUAAACUGGCUUUAGGGGAGAGGGGAAGAGAGAAGGGAAGCUUCUUCGUUAAGAAACGCCGAUUCUCGAGGAGAGCGAUAGUAGAGUCCCGCUUUUGAUAUAAGAGCGAGCGGCACGAGGCACAAAGUUUAUAACUGACGUCUCAGUCGGCUCUGAGCCAGUGCCUCAGCGAGUACGCUUCGGAAGGAAAGUCUCCGUUCAUCGGGGAUUUGCUCCGAGAGCAAAAGUAGAAGCCGCGCGCGCGCGCGCGCGUCGACUUGAUUCGCCGACCGUCGACCGCUAUCGCCAAGUGGAACAGGAAGAAAAGGGAAUAAAGAAGGAGAAAGGGAGCGGAAGAAGGAAGAAAGGGCAUAGGAAGAAAGGAGAAUUUGGAGAAUCGGAGUUAUGGGGUCCCGUCGAGGCUCGUACGCGGUGCUAAGCCUAGCGGCUUUUAUAGCCUGCCUCGGUCCAAUGGCCGCGGUACGCAUCUCGCAGUCCAGCGCAAGUAGGAAGGACGACGAAACGUUGGAUCAAUCGGCAUCCUCGUCCUUCUGGAGUCCCGCUAUAAAAUCACAAAAUAUUUUCCCAACGGACACGUCGGAUUUCUUUUCUUCCGGAAGCGGAUUGCUCAACGGGAAUCCUUCGGCGGGCGUUUUCCGGAGCGGAUUCGGCGGUAUAGAUAAUCUAGGCAGUCGUGGUGCCACGGUAAGACCACCGAGAACGAGACCUCUCGAUUACAGCGAGAGAGCCACCGCCGAAUUACGUAGGAAUCCUUCUCUUUCCUCUCCGGACGAGUGCGCUCGUGCCUGUCGCGAGAACGAGCCACCGAGGAUAUGCUACUACCACUUCACCCUCGAAUAUUAUACCGUACUUGGCGCGGCUUGCCAAAUAUGCACUCCGAACGCAACGAACGUUGUCUGGAGCGAGUGUCAGUGCGUUCUCGCCGACGGCGUGGAACGUAGCAUCUUAACCGCCAACAGAAUGGUACCAGGACCGAGUAUACAAGUUUGCCAGGGCGACAAAGUGGUCGUCGACGUCGAGAAUCACAUGGAAGGUAUGGAAGUUACCCUCCAUUGGCACGGUGUCUUUCAGAAGGGCUCUCAGUAUUACGACGGCGUACCAUUUGUGACCCAAUGUCCUAUACAAGAGGGUAGUACGUUCAGGUAUCAAUGGAUCGCUGGCAACGAGGGUACGCAUUUCUGGCACGCUCAUACCGGACUACAAAAGAUGGACGGACUUUACGGAAGUAUAGUCAUUCGGCAGCCACCCAGCAAAGAUCCCAACAGCAAUCUCUACGACUACGAUUUGACUACCCACGUUUUACUGAUGAGCGAUUGGUUUCACGAAAAUGCGGCCGAACGAUUCCCAGGACGUCUGGCCGUUAAUACCGGUCAGGCACCCGAGAGCGUUCUCAUCAAUGGAAAGGGACAAUUUCGCGAUCCAAACACCGGUUUCAUGACCAACACGCCGCUCGAAGUUUUCACGAUAACACCUGGACGCCGUUAUCGCUUCCGACUUAUAAAUUCCUUCGGAUCCGUCUGUCCUGCACAAAUCACGUUCGAGGGUCACGCAUUGACCGUCAUCGCUACCGAUGGCGAAGCCGUUCAUCCCGUUACAGUGAACACCAUCAUAUCCUUUUCCGGGGAACGUUACGACUUCGUGAUAAACGCUGAUCAAACGGUCGGAGCGUACUGGAUACAAGUGCGAUCUCUCGGCGAAUGCGGUAUUCCGCGUGCCCAACAGCUGGCUAUAUUACGUUACGCGCGUGGCCCUUACCAACCGACUACUACGCCACCCACCUACGAUUAUGGCCUUCCGCAGGGAGUCGUAUUGAAUCCGCUCGAUGCCAUUUGCAAUCGUCCAAGGGAAGACGCUAUUUGUGUGAGCCAGUUGAAGAACGCUCGUCACGUCGACGAAGGAAUUCUUCAACAACGUCCGGACGUAAAGAUAUUCUUGCCGUUCCGUUUUCUCUUCUACAGACCGGAAGAAGUCUUCCAACCCCAAACCUACAAUCGUUUCUUAGUCGCUCCUACCGGGGAUCACGUAAUUUCCCUCGUCGACGAGAUCUCCUUUACGUUUCCACCGGCACCGCUGCUUUCGCAGAUCGAUGACAUCCCACCCGAACAAUUCUGCAACGGUGAUAAUAGGCCGGCCGAUUGCGGUGCGAACUGCAUGUGCACGCAUCAAGUUGACAUACCCUACAACGCGAUCGUUGAAGUCGUACUCGUGGACGAAGUACAACAACCGAAUUUGUCUCAUCCCUUCCAUUUGCACGGAUACGCGUUCAACGUCAUCGGUAUCGGACGUUCGCCCGAUAAAAACGUGAAGAAGAUCAACUUGAAGCACGCGUUGGAUCUCGACAAGAGAGGAUUGCUUCACAGGCAAUUUAAUUUGCCGCCGGCCAAGGAUACGAUUGCUGUGCCAAACAACGGCUACGUUAUUUUCAGAUUCCGUGCCGAUAAUCCAGGAUAUUGGCUCUUCCAUUGUCACUUCCUCUUCCACAUAUUGAUCGGUAUGGAUCUAAUUUUACACGUAGGCACGCACGCGGAUCUUCCACCGGUACCACCGAAUUUCCCCGUUUGCGGUAAUCACUUGCCACCUAUAACACCGCCAGUACCGGUAGACAGCAUAUAUCAUUGAUCGUUCGGCUAUAGAAAUCUCUAAAGUUGAAAAGGUCCAAAGUAAGCGAUAUUUGUAGUAUAUUUCUGUAAAGUACGUUUCUCUCUCUCUUUUUUUUUUCUCUUUGUUUAACUCGUUAUAAUCGGUGGGGUCAUUCGGUAAUAGUCUAAUUAGUUUAAUGGUCUCGAUCGAUCCGAAAGACCGAAUCGACCCAAUCGAUCGUACUCGAUCAUACUCUAAUCGUCUCGGUCUUAUAGGCUAGAAGCGUCCCCUCGUUCCGAGCUCUAUAUCUCGAUGUUGAGCCUUGGAUGCGAUGUACUUAGAUCGAGUCGCUCCUUUCCGAGCGAUUCCAGAGUUUCACUAACUACAAUACAUUUCCAGUUUUGUAAAUAAUUGUAGAGAUAGUCAUUACGUUUUAACGAGGCAUUAACAAGAAUUGGGAGCAAGGGUGAAGUAGUGGUUUAGAAGUCAGCGUUAGGCAGAGAGAGAGUCAUGCGCGACGAUUGCGAUCAUACUCAUCGAUUCUCGAUCUCGCGUGAAUUCUUUAUUUCGUAACGAACGAUCCGUAUGACUCUAUGAUUAUGAGAUCGAGAUUUCAUAAUUGCGCUUAUUGAUUAUUGAUUAGUUAGGGGAAAUAAAUUCGCGCUCGCGCGGCCAGCAACGCGAACUUGCAUAUGCAUAUGCGCGUUCCAGCUUGCUCCGCGACGUUGCGUCAGGUGCAUAAUGCGUUAAGUGCGUUAAGUCUUUGGUAGAUCUUUGAUGUGCGAUCCAACGAAAAGAAGGAGAAUUGUGUGCUACCGUUAUAUAUAUAUAUAUACACACACAUAUUCGUGGAAGAUAUUUUCGAAUCUUUUCGGAUGGUAACAUCUCGAUCGUCCAUUCGAUAUUUUUGUUUAAUUUCUGUUUAAUUCAGGUCAAACCGCAAAUAUGAAUUUUCCGAGAGAAUGGGAACGCGUGAAAUCGAACAAAUUUAACGUGAAAUUUGCAAUUAUUUAUUCCAUCGUGUUAAAUUAAAAGAUCGAUGGCUAAUCCUUCGAACGGAGCGCUUCGUCAGAGCUAGCGGACACACGCGUAAGUACUUACAGGAGACGCACCUUUUCCAAGGCCGUACGUCGCGUCGUUGUGCAGAAAAACGAUUAAUGUUUAUAGUGCCUUCCUUCAUCUUUCUUCCUUCUCGUCGUUAAGAAAAAUACGGAAACCUCAUACCGUUUGCAACGUCGCGAGAAAAAAGCUAACGAAGUAAGUACUUACUCGCGUGCGCACGUACACGAUGUAACAGAUCACAUUAUGAAUUCACUUGUAGAUAAUAUUCAGAUCCGCCUAUUGAACGUACGCUAUAAUACUCAAUAAUAUCCAUAACGAAUGCUCGAUCGUUACGAACGAGCGCGGUUUUCGUACGAUGUUUAUUGUUAAUGUUGACACAUAUUUUUCAGUCAACAUAUAAGUAUGUGUCAUUUAUUAAGCGUGAAGAAAAUGUUCCUGGCAUUUCUUUUAUAUCGUUUCUUUUAUUUUUUUUUUACCGUUUAAUCGGCCUGCGAAACGAACGUUGAAUAAUCUUGGACUCUCUAGGAACAUUUUCUUACAAUUGUUGAUAAAAUAUGUAACUGUAAUGAAACGUUAAAUACACACACACACACACACACACACACACACACACAAAUCAUGGAAGAUAUAGUUUCAAUAAGGGUUUAUACAUUGUUGUUAUUGGUUGUAUCGUCCUAUUUACUAUAGAUAUAAUAGCAAGCGAUAUUAAAAUGAA